GCAUCAUGGUUAGUUAGGCGCAGGUGAUGGUCUACCUACAUACAUAGACACGGGCACCUACCUGGCUGGCUGGCUGGCUGGUUAAUAUAUCGAGAGCGCGCGAGUGGGCAGAUACCGUACCUACCCCAGAAAAUCUGGAUGGGUGCGUAUCUAGGUGGGUGCGUGGGUGCAAGGUGGGUGUGCUGCCCCUGGCAUGAGGGCGAACGAGGGGUAGGAUGGGAUGGGAUGGGAUGUGAGGAGUGGGCGGGGUUUUUUUACUUUCUUUCUCGACUGCUGUCGGCAGAGAUGGAUGCGAAGGACGGAUGGUUGUGCGAUUGUGAGUGGAGUGAGAGUUUCGAUGCCAUUGUGAGCGAGACCAAGUGGGGCGAAUGGCGGCGGCGACAAUGGACGAGGGAGCAAGGCGAGAUCCGUCGAUUGGCAUUAUUUCGAUGGCAUCGUUUUGGCUUUGUUGAGGGCCGGGGCUUCGUCUUCGUAUUAUCCUCCCCUUCCGUCGUCGGCGACUCGUCGUGGCUGCUUGCGAUUGUCCGGUGGCUCGCCUCACUCCCGCUCCGACUCGUGCCUCUCUCUCGGUCUCACGUUCUGCCCCACCCCCCGGAGACUAUCAACCGAGUGAACAUCAAGCAUCAUGGUUUGGACUUGUCCGUGUUCGGUUUCGCCAUGGUUAACUUAGCACUUGGUGCUCUUCCAGCAAGGUGGUUGCAGCAUCGUCAUCGCUGGUGCCAACUUUGUGUGCAGGUAGAGUGGAGUUGUCGUGCGGCGAGGACAGGGAGCUGGGGGCCAAGGCAGGCACGCAGGAAGGCAAGGGUAAGAGGGUAAGCAAGAUUGAGGUGGAUAAAGUUAGUCGAGAGUUGGGGAGCGGAGAGUGUAGAGCAGAGCAGAGGGAGUAAGAGGGUGAGAGAAACAGAAGGGGGAGUGGAGGGGGAGAGAGAGGGGGAGGGAGAAAGGGGAGGGAAACAGAGGGAGACAGUGGAAGACAGAGAGAGACAGACAGAAACAGACAGAG